CAAGCAAUCUUUGCCAGGACUGCACGCUGCAAAGCCAUGACGCCACCACCGGCACCAACCAUGGCUGCAGAGAGCAACGGGGCCGCCGCCGUCCACGGAGGACAUCGCCGUCGCCACGUGCUCCUGUUCCCGCUCCCGUUCCAGGGCCACAUCAACCCCAUGUUCCGGCUCGCCGGCGUGCUCCACUCCCGCGGCUUCGCCAUCACCGUCUUCCACACCCACUUCAACGCCCCGGACCCGGCGCGCCACCCGGACUACCGCUUCGUCCCCGUCCCUGACGGCAUGUCUGGCCCGGCCCCGGUCGCCAUCGAGGACGUCGUCGUUCAAAUCUCCACUCUCAGCGUCGCGUGCGAGGCCCCCUUCCGGGACCGCUUAGCCGCGGUCCUGGAGGAGUACUCCAGGGACGCCGUCGCGUGCCUCGUCGCCGACACGCACCUGCUGCCGAUUGUCGAGGUGGCCACGCGGCUCUCCGUGCCCACGCUCGCGCUGCGCACCGGCAGCGCCGCCUCCUUCGCAUGCUUCGUCGCCCACCCGAUGCUCUGCGAGAAAGGCUACCUCCCUGUGCAAGAGUCGCAGCGUGACACGCCGGUGAGCGAGCUGCCGCCGUACCGAGUGCGCGACCUGAUGUACAUCGGCAAGGACGGACAGGGCGUGCUGUGCGAGCUUCUGGCCCGCGCCGUGGCGGCCGUGAAGUCCUCCUCGGGCCUCAUACUCAACACGUUCGACGCGCUCGAGCGCCAGGAGCUGAUGGACAUCCGGCGGAACCUCGCCGUGCCGGUUUUCGAUAUCGGCCCGCUCCACAAGUUCUCCCCCGCCGCCGAGAGCAGCCUGCUGCGCCAGGACCGGAGCUGCCUAGAAUGGCUGGAUACGCAGCCGCCGGAGUCGGUGCUGUACGUGAGCUUCGGCAGCCUGGCCUGCAUGAGCCUGCGGGAUCUGGUGGAGACGGCGUGGGGCAUCGCCGGCAGCGGCGUGCCCUUCCUCUGGGUGGUCCGGCCGGGCCUGGUCCGCGGGUGCGCGCACCAGCUGCCGGAGGGGUUCGAGGUGGCGACGCGUGGGCGCGGGAUGGUGGUGGCGUGGGCGCCGCAGGAGGAGGUGCUGCGCCACCGCGCCGUGGGCGGGUUCUGGACGCACAACGGGUGGAACUCGACGACGGAGAGCGUCUGCGAAGGGGUGCCGAUGCUGUGCCGCCCGUACUUCGGCGACCAGAUGGGGAACGCGAGGUACGUGGAGCACGUGUGGAGGGUGGGGUUCGAGGUGGGCGGCGAGCUCGAGAGGGGCAGCGUGGAGGCGGCCAUCCGGCGGCUCAUGGCGGACAGGGGCGGAGCCGAGAUGAGGGCGAGGGCCGGCGAGCUGAAGAAGGCAACGGCGGAGUGCACCGGCAAGGGCGGAUCCUCGUGCCAGGCCAUUGAUAAGCUGGUCAUGCACAUGAUGUCCCUGUAAAAGCAGCAUUUCGUCCUACUGUUCCUUGUGAUUUUUUGUGUUUGAACUCUGCUCGAAGCAUGAAUUUCGUAUGAUACUCAUCUGAAACUCUUUCAGGACGCGAAACUUCAGUAUGAAACUUGCCUGAAAUUCAAUGUGC